UUCCUACCCACCAGGUGCGUCUGUACCUUCCCAUGAACCGAUCGGCGGAAAAACGAUAAUCGCACCUUCCCGUGCCCGCCCGGCUUCGUCCAAUUUGGGUGUUGAGGUAGGUACUACCUGCCGAACCUACCGCACCUGCAUUCCCUGCCUGUGUUCCCUUUUUCGCUUUUUUUUUUUAAUUCUUUAUUUUUAUUUUUAUUUUUAAAUUUUUUUCCUCCUUCGCUUUUUUCUCCCAACUCCUCCAUCCCACCAACAACUCCACCACCCGUCCCUUCGUCCCCUCUCGUCCUUAUUUCUCUCCAGCCUCACACGUACUCUCUCCCCCGCAUACUCUCUCCCACAUAGGUUCCCAAUAAAAGGCAGCAAGGAAAACCUAUACACCAAGUCCAAGAUGGCUGCCGCACGAGCAAUUUUCAACGGCAUGCAGCGCCGCGCAUUCUCAGCCUCGGCGCGAAAUCUCACCAAGGUCACUGUCCUCGGCGCUGCCGGCGGCAUCGGCCAGCCUUUGUCUCUCCUCCUCAAGCUCAACGGCAAGAUCACUGAACUCGCUCUGUACGAUAUCCGCGGCGGUCCCGGUGUCGCUGCCGAUCUCUCCCACAUAAACACCAGGAGCAAGGUAACCGGCUACGAACCAACCCCCGCUGGCCUUGCCAGCGCUUUAGAAGGCGCUGAGAUAGUCCUCAUCCCCGCUGGCGUCCCCCGGAAACCCGGCAUGACUCGCGACGACCUUUUCAACACCAACGCCUCCAUCGUCCGUGACCUGGCCAAGGCCUGCGCCGAGUCCGCUCCGAAAGCCAAGCUCCUCAUCAUCUCCAACCCGGUCAACUCUACCGUGCCCAUCUGCGCCGAGGUCCUCAAGGCCCAUGGCGUCUACGACCCGAAGCGCCUCUUCGGCGUCACCACCCUCGAUGUCGUCCGCGCCAACCGCUUCGUCAGCGAGAUCCAGAACACCGACCCUAAGUUUGAGCACAUCACCGUCGUCGGCGGCCACUCGGGUGUCACCAUCGUGCCCCUCUUCAGCCAGAGCCGCUACCCCGCCCUAAGCUCCAACGAGGCGUUGAUCAACCGCGUCCAGUUCGGCGGCGACGAGGUCGUCAAGGCCAAGGACGGCGCCGGUUCCGCCACGUUAUCGAUGGCCCUUGCUGCCUCCCGCAUGGCAAGUGCGCUGUUGCGCGCUGCCACGGCCAAGGACAAGGAAAAGGUCAUCGAGCCGUCCUUCGUUGACAGCCCGCUCUACAAGGACCGGGGCAUCGACUUUUUCGCCUCCAAGGUCCAGCUCGGCCCUGACGGCGUCAAGGAAAUCCUCCCCGUCGGCCCCAUUGAUGCCAACGAGGAGAAGCUCCUCGAGGCCGCCCUCGUCGAUCUCAAGAAGAACAUCGAGAAGGGCGUCGCCUUCGUCGCCGAGAACCCCCCCCAAUAAAGCACAUAUAUGCGCAACGAAAGGGAAGGGGAGUAGAUGGGUAUGAUAUGGCAACUCGGGAUGACGCGAGUACGCUAUGGAGAAUAGCUAGUAGAAAGGGCGUA